AUGCCACAGGAGAAGAAACGGGAGUAUGCAAGAAAGGCCACUCAAAAGCGAGUGGGGAGCACAUCUCGGAAAGCACCCCCUGUGGAAGAGCACCUCGACAAAUUCGAGGUCGCAAAGGAGAUCGACAAAGACACGAGGGCGUUCCUCAAGAAUGCGAUGAAGCAGGAUCGGCUAUGUGCCACGCUCGACGAUGCAGAGAUUGAGUCCAUUCUGAACACAGUCAAGUUCUACAAGUUCGACAAGGGCACGCCGAUUAUUCAAGAGGGCCGCCUCGGAAAGACGUUCUUCGUGACGCAGACAGGAUCGAUGGAGGUGAGCGUGAAAGGCAUCACCUGCAACUCCAUUGGUGCAGGCUGCGCUUUUGGCGGCCUUGCGCUGCUGUACAACUGUCCGAGGACUGCAAGUGUCAAAGCCACGGCAGACAGCGAGGUUUGGGGUGCUAGCGGUGAUGCCUUCAAGAAGAGCCUUCAGCAGAAUGCCACCAAGCAUCAGGCAGAAACGCUCACGUUCCUGGAUGCCAUGAGCAUCUUCGAGGGCCUCACCAAGAAGCAGAAGAACUGCGUUGCGGAGGCCACCUUUUCAGAAGUCUUUGAAGACAAGGCUCGCGUUGUGACAGCGGGUGAUAUGCAGACAGCCAUCUACUUCGUCAAGAAAGGGGAGCUGGCAGUAUACUCCGGCGGGCACGUGAAGAGCACCGGUGAGUUUGUAGAUGGCUCGGAAAUCGGACGACUUGGACAAAACGAUUGCUUUGGAGAGUCACAGGUCGUUUCCAAAGAGCCGUUCAACAUCACCAUCGUGUCCAGCGGUCGCUCAGAGCUCUUGUGCGUGAGUGUGGCAGAGCUGAAGGAGAUUGUGGGCAACGACCUUGGUGCCGUCCUGGAGAGGAAUGCCAUAUCACAGGGGCUGAAGAAAUGCCCGGUGAUCUCGCAGUUCACGGCUAGCCAAAGAUCGGAGCUGAUGAAGUGGGCCGUCGUGAAGGAUUACGCCGCUGGUGCUGAGGCAGAUGCAACCGCCAGAAUUAUCAUCGUGCUGGAGGGCUCGCUGUCCGGGCUUGACAAGGACAAAGAAGUGGAAUUGCAGCGCGGCGACUGGAUCGAAGAUGAGGCGCUGCUAAAUAGCAGCCGCACGGCCAGCUCCAUCAAGAACAUGAAGGCUGGCUCGGGCGGUGCCAGGGUGGCGAUGCUGACCAGAGAUGGCAUGGCAUCUGCUUUGAAAGCCUUGGGGGUGUCCCUGGCGAAUAGUGAAAACGAUGCUUCCGACUUCACACGGAAGAUGGUCCUGGCAAAAAAGGUCCAUAUCUUCAGACAUCUCUCUGAGGAGCAGACCAAGAAGGUUGUCGAAUCGUUCGUGACCAUGAAGUUCGCCCAGAAUGAAACGGUCAUCGAGCAAGGGACCCCUGGGACAUCCUUCUUCGUCAUCGCAAACGGCGAACUCGAGGUGUUCAUCAACGACAAGAGCGUGCGGCGCAUGACCCGAAACUCCUACAUAGGCGAGCGUGCUCUCCUUUUCCAUGAGCCCCGAACUGCGACGGUGAAGGUGGUGUCACCUGAUGCAGAGCUUUGGGCCAUCGAGAAGGCAACCUUCGAGAAGAUCAUCGCGGGCAACAUGCAGCAGCAGCUGAUGAAUCGCAUCAGGCUUCAGGAUACCAAUUUUGGCUUAAAGGACGUUAUCCAGGUCAAGGUCAUCGGUGCAGGUGCCGCUGGAGUUGUUCGCCUGGUUGAGCACAAGUCGACUGGGAUGCGCUACGCGCUCAAGCGGGUAAAGAAGGUCGAUGGUGAGGUGCCAGAAGAGGUGCAGCGCGAGUGCUCGCUUCUGAAAGACAUCGACCACCCCUUCAUCAUGACACAGGUCAACACCUUUGAGACCACGAAGAGCGUCUACAUUCUUACUGAGCUGAUUACUGGAGGAGAGCUGCAUGGUGCCAUCAGGGAGAUACCAACCGUACUCUCCAGAGCCCAGGCGCAGUUUUACACGGGCUCCUUGGUUAUCGUGCUAGAGGAGCUCUCCGAGCGAAAUAUUCUGUAUAGAGAUUUAAAGCCUGAGAAUGUGAUGCUUGAUGCACAGGGCUACCUGAAGUUGAUCGAUUUUGGCAUCGCGAAGAAGCUGCCGGAGGGAGAAAGUAAGACCUUCACAAUGAUCGGCACUCCGCACUACAUGGCCCCGGAGGUUAUGCGGGGCCAUGGGUAUGGAACGGAGGUUGAUCUGUGGUCAAUGGGUGUGAUGCUGUACGAGUUCGUUUGCGGCUAUCUCCCCUUUGCAGAUGACCUGGACGACCCGACAGAAGUUUGCACGGCAGUCUUAAAGGACCCUCUUCAGUUUCCAUCCAGCUACAAAGACGCGAAUGGCAAGACCUUGAUGAAAGGCCUCCUCACGCGGCAGCCUCGCAAGCGGUUGGGCUCCGGCAUCGGCGGCUGGGAGGAUGUUCGUGGUGCGGACUUCUUCUUGCAGGGCCAUCAGGGUGGCUGCGUCUUUGACAAGUUGCUGGGUCGAGAACUGCAGCCGCCGUGGGAACCCAAGGGCGAAACCUAUUGCGAUCCAGAGGAGUUAGAUGUCACCCUGAGCGACCAAGAUGAGCUUGGGAAAAAGUAA